UUUAUAGUUAAAAGUCGUGUCACAGCGACACAAGACACUUGUCGACACCAGCGACGCUCGAGCCGGCGACGAAGAAGGAAACGCCACGAUCCUCUUUCUCUCUCUAGCUAAUUAAGGUUAAAUCCCAUUCUUAUCUCUAUCUUAGCUGCUUUCUCUCUCUAGAGCUCCUUCAAUUACCCCCCCUCUUUCCAUCUUUUAAUUAAUUUCGAAUUUUGAUACAAUUUGUUUUGUGAAUCCUGUUUGUUCACAGCUAAGGCAUGAAUUUCAGUAGUAUGGGAUGAUUUUUAAUUUUUUAUUGAGCGAGGGGAUCUGGAUAAAUUCGAUUCGAUUUUUAUGUUUGUGUGGAUUUGUUGGUGAUGGGUAAAUUAGGGUUGUUGCAGUUGAAUUAUUCGAUUGGGGUUUGUGGUUUUCUGAAUUAUUUGGUCUUGUUGUGGUAUAUGGUUUGGUUUUUGAGCUGGAUAAUGAGCUCCAGUGAGAGGAAAAUGCGAAAAACAGAAAUAAACUGUGCAAAUGGUUGUGAGGAGGAUUGGGUUUUGGAUUUAAGGGAUGACGUUUGUGCGGCGAAGCUUUUGCAACUUUUAAAAAGAGAAGUUUUCAGAAGAUAUUUGAAGUCCGAGCCUAAUCUUUUCAGGGUGAGAUCAUAUCUGCCUGCUAGUGGCUACUUCUCUUGUGCUCUCGUAACCAUGGGCUCUUACACGAACUUCAAAAACCUUGGGGACACAUCCCAACUGGACGGGAGGCCACCUGUCAAUCUCCCGUUGGCUCGCCAGUCUUCUAUAUAUUCCCUCACGUUCGAUGAGUUCCAAAAUACACUUGGUGGACCAGGAAAGGAUUUCGGGUCCAUGAACAUGGAAGACCUCUUAAAGAGCAUCUGGACAGCUGAAGAGAGCCAGGCCUUUCAGGCAUCCAUGGUUGGGGCAAAUGGGAGUGCCUCGGGUGGAAAUUUACAACGGCAAGGCUCUCUUACUCUGCCACGUACACUUAGCCAAAAAACGGUCGAUGAAGUUUGGAGGGACGUUUUAAAAGAAACCACUGGUUUUAAUGGUGAAGGUUCGAGCUUGGGCCAAAGGGAGCCUACUUUGGGGGAGAUGACACUCGAAGACUUUUUAUUCAAGGCGGGUGUUGUUAGAGAAGACGUUCAACCUGCCUUGAGGUCAAACGGGCAAUAUAUAUACGGCGCAUCAAAUGGGAAUGCCUCGGGUUUUACCGGAUUUCAACCUCAGCCAUCUCAAAAUAACGUCAUGUUGACCGGUCAACAAGCGGAUAAGAACAGUGUUAUUCUAAAUUCUGCGAAUGUGGGGAUUAAUAUGAGCUCUGCAACUGUAACAACAUCUCCUCAGCAGCCACAAUUGCAGCCGCUAUUCCCAAAGCAAACCACCGUCACUUUUUCCUCACAAACACAAAUCGGAGGAAGCAACUCUCAGCUCUCGAGCUCCGUUGCAAAAGGGCCAAUAGUUGGAACAAAAAAUGUCGUGAAUAAUAAUAGUACCAUGGUUCAAGGUGGGCCCGCGGUUUUAGGCGCUGGACUGAACAAUGGCACAAUGGUUGCCAGUGGGUCCCCCGUGAGUAAUUUGUAUGCUGAUACAGUCGUGAAGAGCUGUGCGGACACGUCACCGUCUGUGUCGCCUUCGCCUUAUAAUUUUGGGGAGGUCGGGAAAGGCCGGAGAUCGAACAGUUCUUUGGAGAAAGUGGUGGAGAGAAGGCGGAGGAGGAUGAUCAAGAACAGGGAGUCUGCCGCUAGGUCGCGAGCUAGAAAGCAGGAGGAGUUAAUGGAGAUGCAGAAGAACGAGCUCCUGGAGAAAAUGAAUAAGCCCUGGGGAGAGAAAAGAAUGUGCCUGAGGAGAACGCUAACCGGACCAUGGUUGCAGAUCCAAAUUGAGUGUCUUGCUGUAUACUAUUGUUGCCACUCGUAUAAUUUUUAUGUCUCCAUUUGUGUGGCUUGUGUUUGCUUUUCAGUUCCAUGGAGAGCGGAUGUGGACUUCCUAAGUUCGUCCCUCGAGUAG